UAUUCUCUACUCCGUAGACACACUCACACUCACAUAAACAUUGACCCACGGGAAUGAUUCCGGGGUACCUGCCGAUACCGCCUUGUAACCUCCGCUUUUCCCUCGUGCUUCUGCAACUGCUACUACAGCUGCUUCUCCGAUUUUGAUUGUCACUCUUGGAUUCUCGGUUCUUUGUCUAAACGAUUUCCUUUCUCCUCAUUCUCCUCAGAUUGACUGCUUCCUCAAGCACAUCGUCGGUGUAGUCAUCAUCGUCGUCGUCGUCGUCGUCGAAUCUCCUCUCCCUCGACCCUUUCUUUCCGUGGCAGAGCACCUAGGUGGAGUAGAGUAGGGAAUUGGAAAACUCACCUACCUUCCUUGCAACCAUGUCGUCCUUUCUCGAUUCCUCAUACAGAGCGUCCUGCAGAGGUCUGCGGACUGCCAGAUACUUGACUCGUGAUUCAAGAAAACAAAACCUUCUUCUCGCCAGAUCAUUCUCCUCCACUCUGCGGAGAAAUGAGAUCAACAAGAUUGUCCCCUCGGCCGCUGAAGCCAUCAAGGACCUUCCCUCCGGUUCCGUCAUUCUCUGUGGUGGAUUCGGUCUCUGUGGUGUACCUGACACCCUGAUCAAUGAGGUCGCUAAGAAUACCUCCAUCACUGGCCUCACGGCAGUGUCCAACAACGCCGGCAUCGUUGGGGCCGGGUUGGGUAAACUGCUUGAAUCGAAGCAGAUUAAGAAGAUGAUUGCCAGUUAUGUUGGCGAAAACAAAGUGCUCGAAAAGCAAUACCUGACUGGUGAGAUUCAGCUCGAGCUCACCCCUCAAGGUACCCUCGCCGAACGCUGUGCUGCCGGAGGCAAGGGUAUUCCAGCCUUCUACACACCCGCAGCCUUUGGAACCGUUGUCCAGACUGGCGAGCUCCCUCUCCAACACAACGCGGAUGGAUCCAUCAAACACUACAGCCAACCUCGCGACGUCAAGGUCUUCAACGGCAAGAGCUAUGUUAUGGAGGAGGCCAUCCCCGGUGACUACGCCUUCGUUAAGGCCUACAAGGCUGACAAGUUGGGCAACUGUCAAUUCCGACUCGCCGCCAACAACUUCAACGGUGCCAUGGGCCGAAACGCCAAAGUCACCAUUGUCGAAGCCGAAAACAUUGUUGAGGUUGGCGAACUUGACCCAGUCGCUAUCCACCUACCCGGCAUCUACGUUUCCAAGGUCAUCCAGUCCACCGCGGAGAAGAACAUUGAAAAAGUAGUCAACCGCAAGGAAGAAGGAUCCGUGACCGACAGCCUAGGCAAGGGCGAAGCCGCAUCCAAACGCGAACGCAUCGUCAAGCGCGCGGCCAAGGAGUUCAAGAACGGCAUGUACGCCAACCUGGGUAUUGGUAUGCCUAUGCUAGCCCCAUCUUUCGUCGACGCCUCCGUCGAAGUGCAACUCCAGUCCGAAAACGGCAUUCUCGGCCUCGGUCCCUACCCAGCCAAGGGCGAAGAAGACCCCGAUCUGAUCAACGCCGGCAAAGAAACCGUCACAUUAUUGCCUGGAGCCUCGUGCUUUGGCUCGGAAGAAUCCUUCGGCAUGAUCCGUUCAGGUCGCAUCAACAUGAGUAUGCUCGGCGCCAUGCAGGUCUCGGCUCGUGGCGACUUGGCAAACUGGAUGUUGCCGGGUAAGGUCAAGGGAUUCGGUGGUGCGAUGGAUCUGGUCUCCAACCCGGAAAAGACAAAGGUCGUGGCUCUCAUGGAACAUACCGACAAGAAGGGAAAUCCCAAGAUCCUCAAACAGUGCGAAUUCCCCUUGACUGGACGGGCUUGUGUCAGCAGAAUCAUUACUGAAUUGGCCGUAUUCGAUGUCGACUUCACUCACGGACUAACCCUGAUCGAAGUCGCUGAUGGAGUCACCGUCGAUGAGAUCAAGUCCAAGACCGAAGCUCCAUUCGCCGUUGCCGAAAACCUCGGAUCAUUCUAAAGGAUUGAUUGUGGUAGUGAAUGGAUGAGGAAUAUAUGCCGAGAAAGGUCUGAUGAAGAAGUGGUCGACAGAGCCUGCAAUCGAUUCAUAUGAAGAGAUCAGACCUAUAAGAGAAGGAAAUGACAAAUAAGCAAAGACUAGACAGAUUGGAGUGGGAGAUUUAAAGGGUCUCAAGAUUCCGCGCACCAGGGCUCUCGUAGAAGUUGUUGCGAAUCGAGAUCACAAGCUAAAAAGCAUUAUUUAUCGGUGGUUUCCUUCCACUCGGUUGUGGGAGUGGAGAGCCUUACAACUCUCAUGAGUCGAUGCAUACUUAUUAAGUUGGUGUGCACCGCAGUCAAGGUCAAAAGGUUUUCAGAUCAGAUAUCAAUUGAUUUUGUGAGCGAGUAAAAGAAAUGAG